UCACAGCCGCGUCAUCAUGUCUCCGUGUCUGCUUUUAUCGCAGGGGAAUUAAUUAGUUCAACAUUAUCACACCUUAUCGAUACCUUUAUAUGUGAACUAUAUAUUUUAGACAGUUUAAAAGUAAAGCCCCAUGAUGGAACUGCUGAGCCAGGUGUCAAGCACACAGUUAUUGUUCCCAGCGGCCGCGGUGGCGGUUGUUUUACUAUGCGCAGCGCUAGUAUUUAUCUUCGGGUUCCACUCGGCGGAACAGCCGCAGUUCGACAAAUUGGCGCUAGUGAUCGACGACAAGAAGUCCUCGAAUAAGAAAGUGAAAAAAUCGAAGGAGAAGAAAUCGUCACCAAACCGCUCGAGCGAUGACGCGAAGGCUAAGUCGGAGAACUCCAAGAAAUCUCCCACUAAGGAGAAAGCGAAGGAGGCCGAGAAGCCUAAGCCCAAGCCUGAAAGGCCGGCUGAGUCCAAAGUUGUGAAGGCUCCAGUGGAGGCCAAGAAGGGCAAGAAGGGUAAAGCAGCUGUGGAGGCUGAGAAGCCCGCUGACUUUGAUGACGGCGGCUGGCAGGAGGUGCCCAAGAAGAGCCAGAAGAAGGUGAAGAGCCCCGAGGAGAAGGAGAAGGAAAAGAAGGAGAGCCCCGCCAAGAAGAACAAGAACAAGAAAGCCAAGGAUGCUGAUGUGGAAGCUGCCCGCCCCGUGGAGGAACCUGCUGAAGAGACUAUCAAGGUGCUGAGUGUGGAGGGCCCCCGUGUCGAUGCUGAGGCUGCUCGCGCCCUGCAAGCGCAGAUCGAAGAGGUGCAGAGAGUGCUCAAGGAGGCCGAGCGUCGCGACAACCCGGGCCUCGCGGCUGACGACGACGCGCAAGCCGAGGACACUCCCGACGUGAAGGACCUCCGCAGCAACAAGAAGAACCAGAACAAAGAGAAGCAGACCAAGAAGAAGGCCAACGAAGCUGCCGCUGUAGCUAAGAGUGCUUCUAAAGAGGCUGACUCCGACUCGGACAAGCAAGACGACAAGCCCAACGUGCCCGUCUUUGAUGAACUUGGAGACACGUGGACGGACGCCAAAGCCAAGAAGGGCAAGAAGAAGGCCCGCAAGGAGCAGUGAGCGCGCUCCGCUCGUCUCGGGCGCGCGCAGGCGCCCGGCGCUAGCUCAAUGCUCACACCCGCGCUACGAGCGCCCGCCUCCAGUAGCCCUCAGGGUGUGACAGUUAUUUAUUAUUAAGUUUUAUUACCUUACACAUUCAGUCGACUCGCGUCCAUGUUUUUAGUUGUAUAUUUUAUUUUAUAUUUAGCUCGUGUUGACUUGUUUUUUCAUAAUAAUUUUAAUUCUCGUUUUCGGUGAAGCAUAAUAGGGUUUCGUUUUAGUAUGAUUCGUUAUGUAGUCGGGCGUUAGUGACCUUUGGGAAUCUGCAAUGCGUCCGGGCGCCGAUCUUACCGUGGAAGCGAUGUCGCGUGAACUUAUUUUGAGAUGAUUUCGACUAUUAACCGUCUGUGUAGAGACGCCUCAUAGUUUCCGUGUAUUAGGUGCCCAUAAGAUUACCACCCUCCCUGCCCGUGUAGCGGCAGCCGUAGUCUUUAAAAAUCUUUGAUGACCUUCACAAUCUUCUGGUGCUUGUAGACAUAAGUAUCUUAUCUCCUUUCAUUCCAUUUCUGUGCAUUUUAUCCAUAUUUGUUUAUCUAGAACCGCGAACGUUGUGGCUAUCAUUUGGUCAUGUAAUGUGGCUAAAAAGACUACAGGUUUAUUUUAUCUUAGUUAGUAAUCUGUGUUGUUGAGAUCAUAAAUGUAGUCAGGCAGCGCCGGUAUGAACGAGACGCUGCCCUUAUUAACGACUCGUGCGUUUUAUAUUGUUAUUUAUUUAUUGUAGCCAUUAUAUUUUCCUAAUUUAAAUUGAGAAGAGACCUGAAUUUGGACCAAUAUAUAAGUAUGCAUGCAAUUUGCUACUCCGCAGAUAAAAAUAUUUCCCUUUGUUUUCGAACGGACUACCUCCAAAGUCUCCUUCUGUCUAUUGAGUAAUUACUCGCUAAAGGCUCACGUGACUUGAUAUUUCAAAAAUAUCUUCGAUAUCGUGGUAAGUUCCUUGCGCGAGGUUUGAGGAUUACUUUAAAACUGCUUAAUACAUAUCUGUGUUACGGAGGUGAUAGAAUUAAUUAAUAUUGUACCUAACCUUGCGGCCAAUAUUAAAAAGACAGCAUAUUUUGC